AUGGAGCAGAAAAAACUUGGUGUCAUGCGAAAGGUCCUAAAGGAUUACGAUAUUAAGGAUUUUAAGCUCCAUGUCCUAGAUAAAGUUCGAAGAUCUGUCCCUAUGUUACGUUCAUGUUAUGACAUGUUCCUACAAGAUGAUGAUGAUUCGUUGGCUACGAUCUUUGCCAUUGAUGGUCUCUUCUUGCUUGAUUUGUUCCAUACUUAUAACGGUCCACUAGAUGAGCAUCUACAGUCAUUAAAAAACAAAGAACAUAUAGCUAAACUUAGAGACGAAGAGCGUAAACAUAUUUCAGAGAAAGAUGAUGAAUUUAGAAGGCUUCUAGAGGCGGUAACCAAUAAUGAAUUGGAGGAAGUGAAGGAGGAAUUCGAGGAGUUUAAUCAACUUCUACUCAAAAAAAGAUCGGUGGCACAAGAUAUAUUGAUGGUGGAGAACCAAAUUCCGUUUAUGGUUUUGAAGGAGAUCGAAGAUAUUUUACACUCAUCGUCAGGUAACUCCUCCCAUCCUACCAAUAGCUUUUCACCUUCCGUGUUUCGAGUGUAUUGUGAGAUUCAUUCACCACUUAAGUUGUGUUCGAAGUCACAAGCUCCUUCCAGUGUAGACCAUCUUCUCCAUUAUAUGUAUUAUUCAAUAGUAAACAACCUCCCUGGGAACCAACUCCCUGAUGUUCAUAAACGCCGCAAACGUCGUGAGGAUAGGGAAUCUAUUUCACAGGGUCAUAGUUUCCUUUCAAAACUUCCACAGAAAGAGAUUGUUCAAGUAUAUGAACAAACUAUCUCCCUUCUAGAAACGUUCACCAAAAAUGAAGUUUCCGUAGUCUCUUCAGCUUCCAAACUCCAUGAUAAAUCUGGAUUCCAGUUUCACAGCCUAAAAGAAGACGAAGGAAUUCAAAAUAUACGCAUCAUUGGGAAAGAUAUUUACCUGCCAAUAAUCACUUUGAACAACGACUCCUAUGUCAUUUUAAGAAAUUUGGUUGCUUAUGAAACAGUGACAGCCAACUCCGAUAGCUUCCCAUUUAAUGAAUAUAUGGGUUUGAUGUGUGGGCUUAUCAUUACCAAGGAUGAUGCCAAGUACCUCAAAAGUCAGAAUGUUAUCAUAGGUGACAUGGGUGCGAAUGAAGUUGCUAAACUCUUCACGGGGAUGAGCAGUUCUAUACCAACCACGAAAACUAAAGAGAAAUCCAAGUUGCGGGUAGAGAUCGAUAAAAUUAAUAAGGUUUAUGAAAGUAGACUGAGCAUGAAGACAUACUUGCUCUUGAAGAAGCUAGCACGUUGGUUGCUGGUGGUUUUGAGGGGUAUUGGCAGUUUUGUUGAAUCUUCAUGGAAGAUUGUAGCGUUCAUGGUUAGCAUUGUUACUGUAUUCAUGUUAACAUGGCAAGCUUAUUGUGACGUUUAUGGUUGCGAUAAACAGACAGUCACAUUGUUGCCGUACGCUUCUAGCUAG